CUGAUGAGAAGCUUCAGUCUUCUCCGCAAGACGGUCCUUUCCCCGGGCCGGCUGCCGCUAACGCUCUCAUGGAGCUCAACUCCUCCGGCCCGGGGAACUUGUCCAGCCCGGACCCCAGGGGCCACAGAACGGAGGAGCUGAUCAUCACCUCCACCUUCAGCACUAUCUUGUCUUUGAUGUACGUGGCCGGGAUGGCCGGCAACGUGUACACCUUGGUGGUGAUGUGUCACUCCAUGAGGUACGCCGCCUCCAUGUACAUCUCCAUCAUCAACCUGGCCCUGGCGGACCUCCUCUACCUGUCCAGCAUCCCGUUCAUCGUCUGCACCUCUUUCGCCAAGGACUGGUACUUCGGGGACAUCGGCUGCAGGAUCCUGCUGAGCCUGGACCUCUUCACCAUGCACGCCAGCAUCUUCACCCUCACCGUCAUGUGCACCGAGAGGUACAUGGCCGUCACCAAGCCCCUGGACACCGUCCGGAGGUCCAAGGGCUACCGCAAGUCCAUCGUGGUGGCCGUGUGGCUCUUGUCCCUUCUUCUGACGUUGCCCAUGAUGAUCAUGAUGACGUUGAGAGAGGCCGAGGGCAAAGGGGGGAAGAGGAUGUGCGCGCCCACCUGGAGCGAGGACGCCUACAGGACUUACCUAACUGUACUUUUUAGCACCAGCAUCAUGGCCCCGGGGAUGGUGAUCGGCUACCUCUACACUCGCCUGGCCAGGACCUACCUGGAGUCUCAGCGGAACCCCAUCAGCAAGAAGGAGAACAAGAGGUCCCCCAAACAGAAGGUGCUGAUCAUGAUCUUCAGCAUCGUGCUGGUCUUCUGGGCUUGCUUCCUGCCCUUUUGGAUCUGGCAGCUGAUCCGGCUCUACGACGUGUCCCCGCCGCUCUCCUCCCAAACCCAAAAGUGCAUUAACUACUUGGUCACCUGCCUGACCUACAGCAACAGCUGCAUCAACCCUUUCCUGUACACCCUCCUCACCAAGAACUACCGGGAGUACCUGAAGAACCGCCACAAAAAGUUCUACCGCUUCACCUCGGCCUUCCGCAAAAGGGGGACCAGCCUGCAGUGCUCCUCGUGGGGGCGCUCCAUGUCCUCCAGCAACCACUACGACUACGCCACCGAAUCUAUGGGGAUGACUGGCGUCAGGGACACCAAGUGACUGGAAGAGGUCCUCCUGGGUCCGGCAUUGGCUUCACGCUCACCGCGGGAGGGAGGGAACCCGCUGACCACGGAGAUCUCAUCACUGCAAUCCCUCACCUGGACAAGACGGCUCCUCCCCUGCGAGAGAACUCCGCACUCUACCUCAUGACUACACCUUCAAAGACUGGCGAAACGCGUCGGACGCGACGGCUUUGCACAAUGACCUUUUGAUGAAUGUGGGGCGCAGACGGCCCCCGAGGUUCUCCUCAACCUUCUGCAAUAUACUUUGUGACGCUUCGGAAUGUAACAAAAGAGACAAAGAACGCUUGGAGGCGGAGCCAAGAUCCAUUCAGGGAAACAUCGGACACUUUUUUUUGGGACCAUUGUCAUUUAUACA